AUGCCGCCGGCGACUCCGGCUUUUGGUGUGGUUUCUUUAAAGUUGAAGCAGACAACGUUCAUCUCUGUUGAGCCCCAGCGACGAUUGCCGGCAACCCGAGACCUAUUGACGUCGACGGUUAUGGUGAAGGAUACGAAGAUUAUCCAUGAGCAGUCGCGGAAGAUGAAAUUUUCGCCGUGGAUGAAAUGGUUUGCUGAUAAUUCCCUUUUCCAUUGCUUCCGCACAAUGACAGCUCAAGAAAGACGGGCUUGGGAAACGAAAGUAACGCUCGUUUUCACGUAUUCAGAUGAUAAACGUCCUGUCCCCACUUUUAGCUCGGCGCUGGUAUCCCGGCGGUAUAGCGUUCGCAUUGCCCUACAUAUGGAAGGGGUUUACCACAGGGCUUUGGAGUUGGAAGUACCACUUCAGAUCAUCUAUAGGGGACAUGGGCAGGUCCCAUUGCCGAACGAAGGAGAAUUGGGGAAUUUAGAACCUGCGCUGUCUGAUGAAACACUGAUGCUGCCGGGGGAAUCGCGAUUUGAUACUAGUACUUCUGACAACGAACAGGCACCAGAUUAUGUUCGGUACUCCUUUUACGCAUCUUCAAACAGGAGUUACCUGAAUGUGAAAAGUUGUGGGAGUUGCCAAAAGGACGGUGACCUCAUGUUUGUCUUGUUUGUUCCUUCAAAGAAAAGCCAAAUAAAGCUGGUACCUCGUUUGGAAUACCACGGCCUCAUGAUGAACGACUCAAGCGGAAUGCAGAAUGGACUGCGGGGCCAGAGUGAAAUCAACAACACUGAUGGCCCUUCUGCUCAGACUCUGUUCAAUACGAUAAUUCGUGCCGUAAGGGAUGCUCUCCAGGAAAUUCAUCUAACAUACGACAACAUUAACGCAUUCGACGCCUCGAUCGAGGCAUUGCUUUGCAAGGAUAUCGACAAUAUGAAAGCAACGCAGUUCAUAACAGCUGCUGGAUUCGACAAGCUGGAUUUGAUGCUUGGAACUAGUAUAUAA